CCGCAAUUGUCGCGAUGCCCUAUUUCGCUACCAGCGCGGAGUGGUACGAGCAGUCAUCGCUGCUGCUGAAAGCCCGUCCAACCACCACACGAAUCACAUCCAAAUACUCAGUCCUCAAACCCACAGCCUCCAAGAUCAAGAAGCGCCAAAAGUAUGAAGAAAAGAAGGCAGCCCGGCCGGUAGACACGACGCGAGCCUCAUCACCACCGCCGGCCCAGGAUCCCGAAGAAGUAACGGCCACCUUUACGCUGAAGACAUACGACCCAGAGUCGGGGACAUGUCUGCAAUACCAAACGAACAAGGGCGCCGAGGUUGGGCGAUUAAUUGGAAAUCUGGGGAGACUCGGAAGGCACAUGGCAGCGCUACCAGAGACGACAGAGGACCUGAGCAUGCCAGCUGGUGGCGAGAACACAUCGACGCCGCAGGUUGAUGAGAGCGGCGAUGUCAAGAUGGGCGGCACCGCACCCGAACCCAAGGCUGGAGCGGGCACAGGGGGCAAGAAGAAAAAGAAGGGCAAGAAGUGAUAAAGGCCGCAUUGAGAAUACUCCACAUCACUAUACCUACUUAGCCUGACCCCAGGACGCAGGUGCGCAGCGUGUUUGACGACGCACGAAGAUGCUUGGCACAGGAAACACGAAAAUGACAGUCACGACACAACCAACGGUGUAUGGCAGAGUGCGGAUAACGCAACACUACCAAUGGAAAUACCCGUUCC